CCAUUGACCAAACUGUUUGCCACAUACGGGGUGUGCGCACAGAUACGGCACCUUAAGUCCCAACCGCCUGAGCCUAUUGUGACCGGUGUUCUUUCCGCCGCUUAUUCCUUGGAAGUUUCCGUAUGUAACCAGUUGAGCCGGGGCAUAUUUACAUUGGUAUCGCCGAUGACCGGGCCAUCCUAUGAAACAUUGGUGUCGUAUUCAAACACAUUUCAGAUGCCAUUUAUACACCCGGGCUUUUCACAGACUUCCCAUUUUCGACCGGCAACUUAUGGUAUAUCUCUACGGCCCCGAUAUCUGCCGGCUAUAAUCGAUGUCAUACUGUAUUAUGGUUGGAAAGGCAUUAUUUACUUGUACGAUACCGAUGAUGGUUUAAAAAUUGAGUAUGUAACCAGU